AGCCCCCGGGAGCGGCGCGGCGGACGCGCUUCCCCGCGGCGCGCCCGGGCCUCGAGGCUUUUCUUCUCCAGCCGAGGGGACGCGGCUGUGCUACGAAGACCGAGUGUGGACAGUAAUGACCUCGCGUUUCCGAUUGCCUGCUGGCAGAACCUACAAUGUACGAGCAUCAGAGUUGGCCCGAGACAGACAGCAUACGGAGGUGGUUUGCAACAUCCUUCUUCUGGAUAACACUGUACAAGCUUUCAAAGUUAAUAAACAUGAUCAGGGGCAAGUUCUGUUGGAUAUAGUCUUCAAGCAUCUUGAUUUGACUGAGCGUGACUAUUUUGGUUUACAGUUGGCUGACGAUUCCACAGACAACCCAAGGUGGCUGGAUCCAAACAAACCAAUAAGGAAGCAGCUGAAGAGAGGAUCUCCUUACAGUUUGAACUUCAGAGUCAAAUUUUUUGUAAGUGACCCCAACAAGUUACAAGAAGAAUACACAAGGUACCAGUAUUUUUUGCAAAUUAAACAAGACAUUCUUACUGGAAGAUUGCCCUGUCCUUAUAAUACUGCUGCCCUUUUGGCUUCAUUUGCUGUUCAGUCUGAACUUGGAGACUACAAUCAGUCAGAAAACUUGCCAGGCUACCUCUCAGAUUAUUCUUUCAUUCCUAAUCAACCUCAAGAUUUUGAAAAAGAAAUUGCAAAAUUACAUCAGCAACAUACAGGUUUAUCUCCUGCAGAAGCAGAAUUUAAUUACCUGAACACAGCACGUACCUUAGAACUCUAUGGAGUUGAAUUCCACUAUGCAAGGGAUCAAAGUAACAAUGAAAUUAUGAUUGGAGUGAUGUCAGGAGGAAUUCUGAUUUAUAAGAACAGGGUACGAAUGAAUACCUUUCCAUGGUUGAAGAUUAUAAAAAUUUCUUUCAAGUGCAAACAGUUUUUUAUUCAACUUAGAAAAGAAGUGCAUGAAUCUAGAGAAACAUUAUUGGGAUUUAAUAUGGUGAAUUACAGAGCAUGCAAAAAUUUAUGGAAAGCAUGUGUAGAACAUCACACAUUCUUCCGUUUGGACAGACCACUUCCACCUCAAAAGAAUUUUUUUGCACAUUAUUUUACAUUAGGUUCAAAAUUUCGGUACUGUGGGAGAACUGAAGUCCAGUCAGUUCAGUAUGGCAAAGAAAAAGCAAAUAAAGACAGGGUAUUUGCAAGAUCCCCAAGUAAGCCCUUGGCACGGAAAUUAAUGGAUUGGGAAGUGGUAAGCAGAAAUUCAAUAUCUGAUGACAGGUUAGAAACACAAAGCCUUCCAUCACGAUCUCCACCUGGAACUCCUAAUCAUCGAAAUUCUGCAUUCACACAAGAGGGAACCCGGUUACGACCAUCUUCAGUUGGUCAUUUGGUAGACCAUGUGGUUCACACUUCCCCAAGUGAAGUAUUUGUGAAUCACAGAUCUCCAUCUUCAACACAAGCUAAUAGCAUCGUUCUGGAAUCAUCACCAUCACAGGAGACCCCUGGAGAUGGGCAGCCUCCAGCUUUACCACCCAAACAAUCAAAGAAAAACAGUUGGAACCAAAUUCAUUAUUCACAUUCUCAACAAGAUCUGGAAAACCAUAUUAACGAAACAUUUGAUGUUCCAUCGUCCCCUGAAAAAUCUACUCCUAAUGGUGGUAUUCCACAAGAUAAUCUUGUUCUAAUCAGAAUGAAACCUGAUGAAAAUGGAAGGUUUGGAUUCAAUGUAAAGGGAGGGUAUGAUCAGAAGAUGCCUGUGAUUGUGUCCCGAGUAGCACCAGGAACACCUGCUGACCUCUGUGUCCCUCGAUUGAAUGAAGGGGACCAAGUUGUACUGAUCAAUGGUCGGGACAUUGCAGAACAUACCCAUGAUCAGGUUGUCCUGUUUAUUAAAGCUAGCUGUGAGAGACAUUCUGGGGAACUCGUACUCCUGGUUCGACCUAAUGCUGUAUAUGAUGUAGUGGAAGAAAAGCUAGAAAAUGAGCCAGACUUCCAGUACAUUCCGGAGAAAGCCCCACUAGAUAGCGUCCAUCAGGAUGACCAUUCGCUGCGGGAGUCAAUGAUCCAGCUAGCCGAGGGACUUAUCACUGGAACAGUCCUGACACAAUUUGAUCAACUAUAUCGGAAAAAACCUGGAAUGACAAUGUCUUGUGCCAAAUUACCUCAAAAUAUUUCCAAAAAUAGAUACAGAGAUAUUUCGCCUUAUGAUGCUACACGGGUCAUUUUAAAGGGUAAUGAAGACUAUAUCAAUGCAAAUUAUAUAAAUAUGGAAAUCCCUUCUUCUAGCAUUAUAAAUCAGUAUAUUGCUUGUCAAGGGCCAUUACCACACACUUGUACAGAUUUUUGGCAGAUGACUUGGGAACAAGGCUCCUCUAUGGUUGUAAUGUUGACUACACAAGUUGAACGUGGCAGAGUUAAGUGUCACCAGUAUUGGCCAGAACCCACAGGAAGUUCAUCCUAUGGAUGCUAUCAAGUCACCUGCCACUCAGAAGAAGGAAACACAGCAUAUAUCUUCAGGAAGAUGACACUAUUUAACCAAGAGAAAAAUGAGAGUCGUCAACUCACUCAGAUCCAGUACAUAGCCUGGCCUGACCAUGGAGUUCCUGAUGAUUCAAGUGACUUUCUGGAUUUUGUUUGUCAUGUACGAAAUAAGAGGGCUGGCAAGGAAGAACCUAUUGUUGUUCAUUGCAGUGCUGGAAUUGGAAGAACUGGGGUUCUUAUUACUAUGGAAACAGCCAUGUGUCUCAUUGAAUGCAAUCAACCAGUUUAUCCACUAGACAUUGUAAGAACAAUGAGAGAUCAACGAGCCAUGAUGAUCCAAACACCUAAACUGUAUCAUGUGAAUUCUUGAGUGCUUGAAGAGGUACAGAGGAACUUUCCCUCUGUUAGUCAGGUGGGAUGCCAAGAACAAUAGCAUCCCUGAACUGGAGAAUCUUGGUAGACCAGUUCUUGAUGAAACAGCUGUGGUGAAAUCACCUUCUUUUAACAUAAGAACUUGAAUUGCAACAACAGCAAAAGUCAUGGAAAUUAAGCUACUAGCUUAUUGUAUUCUACACAGACUCUAAAUUAUAUUCCUGGAAUCAAAAGAGAAAUCAUGGAGGGACGCCUGGGUGGCUC